GUCAAAGCAAAAAAUAAUAGGACUCUAUGAGCCCCAUGCAUAGACGAAAAAUAACGGGAUUUUCUAAGGCCAACAAGAUCUUUGAUCUGUCCUAAUUAUAAUAGUGGUUUAAGUUCAAAUGAGACUUAUUUCAAGGAAGGGGUAUAGAAGGAGCACAGUAGAGGGAUGGACUUGCACGCAGUAGCUGGACAACAAUCUAACAACAUUUAAACUUCCAUGUAGUUUGGAGGGGGUUUAUGAAUUGAGUAACUGUUUUUGGGUCUCUUAUUCUUGUCUGCUUCUUUAAUCAAAUUUGACGGGUAGAAUGAUGUUAUUGUGUAUUCUGGGGCAGGAGAUAGGCAAGGGUAGCAAACAUGGACGUAGCUUUUAUCUUGAGCAACUUAAAGCAACACCACCAUCAUCAUCUCAUUUGUUUGUCUUUUCAAUCUUCGGUGUCUAGGCUAUCAUCUUUUCAUUUUUUUCGAGUCUUGGUGAUCGAACUUUCAUGUGUGGCAUGCUAUAAUGGGUCAUCAUCCAGUCACUUCUCGCCAUGGAUAUCAGUAUUUUUCCUUAUUUGUUGAUCAUGAUAUAUACUAGUACUUGGGUUAUUUCUUGCGCCUUAAAUAUGAUCUAUUACCCUUUACUACUGAAAUUUCUAAAAUAAUCCAGACUCAAUUUGAUAGAACCGACCGAGUAGUCUGAUAUGAUCCUAGGUUAGAAUUUAGCUUCAUUCCUCAUCUUAAUCUUUAAAAAAUUAUAGGUAUCCUUACUCAAAAGUUUUGUCAUGUCAUUUCCCAACAAAAUGAUCUCGUUGAACGAAAAUAUCUUACAUGUCCUAGAGAUCAAUCAAGCUCUUCUGUUAGCCUCACAUGUUCCUUCCUCAUUUUGGCCUGAAACAGUCUUUGUUGUCAUUCACCUGAUCAACUAUCAAAUUACCACUAAUCACUUCAUCAUUUUGGCCAUCCGUACUGCCACUAAUCACGUUCAUCAUGAUCUUACUAAGCAUAUUAAAGUUCAUAUACAUUCAUUAGAUUUGUAACCUAUUUCGUGAUGGAACUAAUCACAUUGACUCUAUCACGUCAGAAGACCAAUUUCCAUAUCUGUUUACGAAAAUGUUCAACGCCAGUCAUCCCAGUCUGGCUUACUCGGCUAGGGUUUGUAGGCGACAUCCCAGUCUUGUAAUCUACAUCGAGCUAAUAGAAAGAGGAAAAAAAAAACGAGAAACAUAGCUUACCCAUGAAUUAGUCUCAUUCGUAUCAAACAAAAGAAACCACAUAAAUCUCGUCUCGAAUUCCUUCCCAUUUUCGUUUCGAUUAUCACAUGCAUCAGUAACUAAAAGUUUUACAGCUCGAUCAAAAACCAACUGAAACCGAAAGAUGUUAUAGCUAGCUAGCUAGAUAUGAAUAAUGAAUGUGUACAUCACGUGGGUAUGGAGCCCCACUUCAGUCAGCAUACAAUGGUGCCUUCCCCCCCGAAUCAACCCAUAUAAAUAUAACCGGUAGAUCAGUCAUACAUCACAUUUCUUCCUUUCUCUCCAUCAUCCCCUGUUUUUUUCCCCUUCCCCUGCCUCCAGAUUCAUUAGUUUUUCCCCCCAUUUCCCACCGCCGAUCUUAGUCACCAAAGCUACCUACCUACAGGAACAGAAUCAAGAUCGAUCUCCAAUCUUCAAUCAAUCAAAUCCGUCAUGAAGACAAAGAAGAAGGGUUUCAGGGCUCUCCUCAUCUCCACCACUCUGCUCCAAAUCCUCCUCUGCAGCAACAUCGUACUCUGCCAAGGAGAUCAUCAUCAUGUUCAAUAUUUACUGCCGAGGAGGCUUCUCCCGCAAAUCCCACCUCCUCCACCCGCCACUGCCAAGCUGAACGGCGGGAAGAAAGAUCAUAAUCACCAUCAUCACCGUCGUCAUCAUGGUCAGAAUCAUGAAGAGGAGGUGGAGCAGGACAAGAAAGCUGUGGAGCAGAGCCUGAGGAGAGCACCUCCGAGUAGGUCCAAUCCCAUUCAGAACAAGUAGCUAGCCCGACCCAGAUCCAGUUUCUCUCGUGAUCAGCUGGCUAAGGAAUAGGAAAACAGAGGGUAGUUUUUUUUGUAUUGUUUAUUUGUUAUUAUUAUUUUUAGAGUACUUUAGGUCCUUUCUUCUUCCUGUUCUGUGUUUAGUCUGUCUGCUUACUCUUAUCAGAUUGUGUUUAGAAAUUUUUUGUCUCUGUUUCUAUUAGAGUGUUGUUGUUUUUUACAUGAGAAUGGCUGUAAAUAAUGGAUAGGAAUCCAUAUAUUAGACAGCGAUACAAUAGAGUACUUAAAGAGUUAAUCAUCAUGAUGAGAUUUGCUUUAAAAUUUGGAAACAAUGUUGGUUAUUUUUCCCAAGGCUAGCUAGAGCUAGAACCCGAGCUUUCAACCGGCCGGAUCUAACAGUUGCCAGAUCCUGGUAAGUUUGAACGAUAAACUGUAAACCUUUUAGCGUUAUUUGCUAGUUAGUCGAAAAGUUCGUUUGAUUCGAGGAAAGCUCGGCUCAUUAAUAAGCUUAUUCGGCUUGUGAGGCGCGUGAGUAUCGUGAGCCAGCUCAAUAUGGCGGCUUAUCGGGGUUCAACUAUUAAAUAGACUCGUUUUUUAGUUUAUAAGAUGUCGAUUUACAUCUUAUGAGUUGACUUGUUGACAGUUCAUAGGUUUGUUAAAGUGCAUAUCUCACCACGUAUGAUGUUUAAAACAUAAAAUAUUUGAGCAAAUAUGUCUUUUUUUUUAUAAUUUCGAAGGUAAAUUAUGUACACCAUCGAUUGCUUAGAUACCAAUUACUAUGAACAUACAUUAUAUGAACUUGUUAAAAUUUAUAAACUAAAUAAUGUAAUACCAACGGAGUAUACAAACAUGUGAUCAGUUAGUCACAUGUGUCAUACAUGAAAUACAAAUAUUAGGAUGUUUAAUUUAUAAAUUAUCUUAAAAUUUAGUUCUGAGAGUCGAACUACUUAGAAUAAAUGAGUUGAGUUCGAGACAAACUCGGAAAAAUUUUAAUGAUGAGCCAAUGUUUUCAUAAUUUAACAAGACUUUGACUUUUACUCGGGCUAGAUAAUCACCGUCAAGCAUCUAAAGCUACAUGGUUAUCCAUCCUUAAUCACUGAGCUCAACUGCAUACAGAUUGAGAUUAGUAGCUUCAGAAAAUAAACUAUCUUAAUCAUG